ACGUAAUCUCUAGAUGCCUCUUCCACGUGCCGAGGCGGCUGAUCAGCCUGCCUCGUGCCUGGCACUCAGGGCCAGCGGGCAGCCCCCGAACGGCAGCCAGUGAUGCUUUUGGGUCAUCCCUCCCUCAGGUGGGCAGCCCCCAACAGAAACCCAAGCGCCUGCGCCUGGUGGUGGAUGUGUCUGGCAGCAUGUACCGCUUCAACGGGGUGGACGGCCGGCUCAAGCGCUCGAUGGAAGCCGUGUGCAUGGUCAUGGAGGCGUUCGAGAACUAUGAGGAGAAGUUCAAGUAUGACAUCGCUGGACACUCUGGAGAUGGCUACAACAUUGAUCUGGUUCCAAUUAACAAAAUCCCCAAGGACAAUAAGCAAAGACUAGAAAUUCUGAAGACAAUGCACGCCCACGCUCAGUUCUGCAUGAGUGGGGACCACACGUUAGAGGGGACAAAACAUGCCAUCAAGGACAUCGUCAAAGAGGAAGCUGAUGAGUACUUUGUCAUAGUCUUGAGUGAUGCCAACCUGUCACGCUAUGGAAUACAUCCUGCCAAGUUUGCCCAGAUCCUGACAAGCAACCCCCAAGUAAAUGCUUUCGCCAUUUUUAUUGGAUCUUUAGGUGAUCAAGCAACCAGGCUUCAGAGGACUCUACCAGCUGGCCGGUCUUUCGUUGCCAUGGAUACCAAGGACAUCCCCCAGAUUUUACAGCAGAUUUUCACCUCCACCAUGUUGUCUGGUGUUUAAGAAGCACCCUUUAUCCCCCGAUGACCCUGGGGUUUGGAAUAAGAUAGGAAGAAAGAGCAUUUGGAAGAAAAGAAAGCAUCUCUAAAGGGCCCCCCGUGUGAUGACUGGACAGUUCUGGCAUUUCUGGGCCUUCCUGCGCUUGCUCUGUAAUCAGAAUUCAAAGAAGCAACCAGCGUGAGGCUCAUGAAAGGAAAUCUCCAACCACUGGUGGAUUUACAAGUCAUUAGAAGCAGCGAGUCGACCUGCAUUUAAUGAAAAGUCCGCGUUAAAAGAAGGUGGCUUGAGAACCAUGGUGCGUGGCCUGUGUCCAAAAACCUGAAGGAGAGAGGGAGGGCACCUUGGUUUUGCCUUAACAAGAUCAUUUGUGAUCACCUAGGAUAAAAAAGGACCCCAGCCAACGAAGGCUGGGACACCACCUUCUGACACGAAAAUCCAGGUCUGUGCAAAACCACGCAACCGGCUUCUGUUGGAUAAUUAUUUUUAUUUCCCCUCCCCUGCUCUGUCGGGCCCAACAAUGACUUUAUAGUUUAACUCACUGAAAAGUCCUUUCAACCGCAGUAUUUUAUAAAAGGAUGGGUUUUCUCAGUAAUUGCAUUUCCUUAGCCCAAACCGAAAGGAAUCAAAAGAUCCUAGGAUGGCUUCCUUUCCCACAUUACUUUUAAAAGCCUUCUUAAGUAAUAAAGAGCCAGUGUCCUAUUCUGCCUGCUGCUGGGAAUGGAAGGAUAAGGGGCAUCUGGCCUUGAGUUUCC